AUGGAUCGACCCGCAUCAGCCGCCGAUCCGAAGCCGAACGCGCGUACCGCGUCCGCAGCUUCCUUCGACGAUGUUGACGCUAGCCAGUCGACGAAACGAGCCAGAGCGAACAAUCAACAAGUUGUCGACAACGCAUCCCACGGCGCUUCACAGCAGCUGACUGCAAUGAAGAAUGCACAGCGUUCCCUGACGGCCGUGACGCAAGGGCAAGCAAAUGUCGCAAUGCCAAACUCAGAUCCCUCGGCGCUGAUUACUGAGGCGGACGUGCUUGACAAACUACUUCGUGAAAAAUACCCAGACUUGAGUCCUGCUCCGGAGACAACUAUUACUCGGGCACGGGCUUCACACAAGUUUCAACUUGUCGAUCGUGAGGACACUAUCAAGUCCUUACAAGCGCAAAUGGCCCAGUUUCGUCGCUGUGUUCGAGACAAAGUGGCUGACCGAACCGCGUAUCCGUUUGCACUUCUUGCAACACUUGCUGGUUGUGGCAAGACCCGUAUGUGUCUGGAGGCACUCCAGUCGAUCGUACCCAAAGCUUGCGCAGCACAAAAUGGAUUACCCAAGACCGACUUUCUCUGCCUGUUUGUGGCCCUCAACGGCUGCAGUGACACAAUCUGGAUUGCAGAAAGCGAGGAGCAACGUCACCCCGAGCACACGAUUGCCAGGCGGCUUUUGGGCAGCUACUUUGCGUGCAAUACGCGGGACAUCUCGGCCAACAUAUCAGUUCUGGCCGCUAUGGAGCUCAUCCGCGCAACAGAGUCGAAGAAUCGCAACAUUGAUCCGGCGCAGCUUCAUAUUUUUAUUGCAAUUGACUCAGCCACUUUCAUUCUCAACUCGCAUGUAGAUCCCAAGUAUCAGUUGGCGGAUCACAAGACCCUUCAAGCCGCAACGGGCAAAAAGAAGAGAUCGGCGGACACUCGACUUGCGCGACGAUUCUGGUCUCAAGCGAUGGGUCCGCUUCAGCUUUUGAGUACCGAUUACUCGACUCCAACUUGGCUGUUGAUCGCUGGCACCAAACCUAGUCAACUGACCGAUGCGAUUUCGAGAGGGAUCGCUGAUGAUUUACGCUUGACUGUUGCGCCGGUUCCCAUUGCUCCAUUGUCGGGUUCUGGCACCGCCGAGUUGCUUGACCAAAUCUACAUGGGUUUACAGGCUUUGGAACGAUCCCAACUUGGCCCCUGGCGACACAAUGCGCGUUUGAUGCGCUCCGUUCAACGUGUGGCUGGUUUGCCUCGAUCUGUCAUUGCGCUCUGCGUGCCCCACCACUUCGACACGCUCGGGUUGACCCACCUCCCGCAUUCGCGUUUUGUUGGCCUCAUGGAAUCGUGCCUUUUCGACAAUAACCCUGCUGCUGAUACAUUGAUCCAGGAGAACGAGCUCGUGUCUAUUGGUGUGCUUUUCAAAGCACGUGAAACUGACCGCCUCCUUUUGUUUCCGCGUGUUACGCUGAUCCAGUUGUACGGCGGACGCAUUCGACCUAUUGACAUGGUUGAUGACAUGCGCCGAGUGCUUCACCAGCUCGAAACCGAGCUGCCAACAGAGUUGCAAGGCUGGGAAUAUUUCUGUGUCGCGAUUUUAAAUCUGCGGAUUUUGCUGCUCGUCACCAAGGCGCUUGAGUUGGAUUCCAAAACGCAGUACGUGUCGGUCGACAGUAUCUUCCCGGGCGCAGUCUCGGGCUCGUCCACUCCAAAGCUGUUCGUUGAUGCCCAGGCUUGGAGCAAAGUUGCUUUUUCGCCGGUGGCCACUCCAACCAGAAGGGCAUAUUCAGGACGCGUCACUCUUUGCGAAGAGAAUCACCGUGGUAUUGACGGUUGGAGCAUUUUCUAUGAGCAAACGCCAGAAGGAGAGUUUGUCCCAGUCACGCUUGCUCUGCAGUGCAAGCUGCAUCAAGUCGAGUCGCCAGUGUCGCACGAGGAUCAGAAUAAGCUGCUGCGGAAGGCAAGAGCAGCACUGCCCGAGGCGGAGCAAGAGAAUGCUGUCGUGGCGCUGCUGACAACAUCGCGAAUGGACAGCGAGCCCGAUGCGCAACAACUCGAUUCGCGAUCGUUCGUGUUGGAUCGAGCCGGAAUGGACAAGUUCACUGCCGGGUUUAAGGCCACCGCGACCACGAGUCAGUUCCACGCGCCGAAGCACACGAGCUUGGAACACGCACGUGCAAUGGCUCACAUGAUUGACCAGCAUCGAGCUGCCGAAGUGUUCAAGAGUGUGAGCGAUCUGCGAAAGUUUUUGGAACAGCACGCCGACGAGGAAGUGACGUGGACGAUGGAAGUCGAAAAGCAGCGUGACAAGUGGGUAGAAGUCAAGACAACGGUCCAGUACCCUGCCAGCGCCAUUCCAAGCGAUGAGGUGCUCAAUUGGCCGUACGCGCUGGAGCCUCGCAGUGAGCAGGGCGGCGAUCAAAUUGUCAGGUCUUGCGCUGACACCGAGCUGGACGCCGAGUGA